AUGGGUGCCUGCUGCAGUUGUUUAAGCGGCCAAAGUGGAGACGGUAGUCAAAACCAGCUUUUGUUGGCCGAGAACGAAAGGGAGGCAAUAUCCGCUUUGUUACAAUACUUGGAGAAUAGGUCAGAUGUCGAUUUUUUCAGUAACGGACCAUUGAGAGCUCUUAGUACGUUGGUUUAUUCGGAGAAUAUCGAUUUGCAAAGAAGCGCGGCUUUAGCGUUUGCUGAAAUAACCGAAAAGGAUGUGAGAGAAGUCAACAGAGACGUACUAGAACCUAUAUUGAUUUUACUCCAAUCAAGUGACUCAGAAGUUCAAAGAGCUGCUUGUGGCGCUUUGGGUAAUUUGGCCGUAAAUACUGAAAACAAGAUUCUUAUUGUUGAAAUGGGUGGAUUAGAACCAUUGAUAAGACAAAUGAUGUCAACCAACAUUGAAGUGCAGUGUAAUGCUGUGGGGUGUAUAACUAAUUUAGCUACUCAAGAUGACAACAAAUCAAAAAUUGCUAAAAGUGGGGCUUUGAUACCUUUGACGAAAUUGGCCAAGCUGAAAGACAUCAGGGUACAAAGAAAUGCCACGGGAGCUCUUUUGAAUAUGACACACCUGGGUGAGAAUAGACAAGAAUUGGUAAAUGCUGGUGCUGUGCCCGUUUUGGUGUCAUUAUUAUCUAAUGACGAUGCAGACGUGCAGUACUAUUGCACGACAGCGUUAUCCAACAUUGCUGUGGACGAAUCCAAUAGGAGGAAGUUGGCUAAUACCGAACCAAAGUUGGUUAGCCAAUUGGUGAAUUUGAUGGAUAGUCCGUCACCUAGAGUCCAAUGCCAGGCUACAUUAGCCUUGAGAAACUUGGCUUCCGACAGUGGCUACCAGGUUGAGAUUGUAAGAGCAGGAGGGUUGCCACACUUGGUGCAGUUGUUAACGUGCAAUCACCAGCCUUUAAUUCUUGCGGCUGUUGCGUGUAUCAGAAACAUCUCCAUCCAUCCUUUGAAUGAGGCUUUGAUCAUUGAAGCAGGAUUUUUGAAGCCAUUGGUCGAUUUGUUGGACUAUACUGAUUCAGAAGAAAUUCAAUGCCACGCAGUCUCUACAUUGAGAAACUUGGCUGCAUCUAGUGAAAAAAAUAGGACUGCGUUAUUGGCAGCUGGAGCCGUAGACAAAUGCAAGGACUUGGUAUUGAAAGUACCAUUAUCAGUGCAACUGGAAAUCAGUGCGUGUUUUGCAAUCUUGGCUUUGGCCGAUGAUUUGAAGCCCAAAUUGUACGAAGCACACAUUAUUGAUGUGUUGAUCCCACUAACAUUUUCAGAAAAUGGCGAGGUUUGUGGAAACUCUGCUGCUGCAUUGGCCAAUUUGUGUUCAAGAGUAUCACCCGACCACAAGCAAUAUAUAUUGAACAACUGGCAACAACCAAAUGAAGGUAUACACGGAUUCUUGAUUAGGUUUUUAGAGCUGGGGAGUGCAACUUUUGAACAUAUCGCCUUGUGGACCAUAUUGCAGUUGUUGGAAUCCAACAGCCCAGAGUUCAACAGCUUUAUUAAAGAGGAUGAAGCUAUUCUUACCGGUAUUAAGCAAAUGAGCAACUCACAACAACAAUUGAGUCAAGGAGAGAGGAAUGGGCAGGUUAACUCGGAUGAUCAGUAUGAAGACCCCAAAGUGGAAUUGUAUAAUUUAACCCAACAAAUUCUACAAAUUUUAGGGUGA